AUGGCCCUCGCAAAACAGCAAAUCGACAACUGCAUUCAUGGACAUGAGCGCUGCCAAAGCUCAGCGUCCCCUGCCGGCCCUAGGCUCCUCCCCAAGCGGCUCGUGGAUUGCACCGACCCCGCUCGACCACGGCUGUUUUCACCGACCAAAGAACACAGUGGAUACGUCGCACUCAGCUACGUGUGGGGCGAAGACCAAGUUCACAAGACCACGACCUCGAACCUAUCCACAUAUGAGCACGGGAUCACCCCUUCCCUCCUCCCCGCCACCAUCCGCGACGCGAUCCGCCUCACGCACAUGCUAGGCUUCCGGGCGCUCUGGGUCGAUAGUCUCUGCAUCAUCCAAGAUUCAGACGAGGACAAACUGCAUGAAAUCGGACGCAUGCAUCACAUUUACCGCUAUGCCCCUCUGACGAUCAUUGCUGCAAGCGCGGAGAGAGCCAGCGAGGGCUUUCUUUACAAGCGGCCUCCUCCUGCAGAUGAUUUCGCUAUCCCCUUCAUCUGCCCUCCACGUCCGCCGAUCUUCCAAGCGGGUCACCGGGAUGCCCAUCCCCUAACGCAGUCGAAGGUCGGACAAGUGUACCUCUCUUCGGUUCAACGUUGCGAGUCGUUCCGCAGCAUGUUUGGCCGCAUGGCCACGCGUUCCUGGUGCUUGCAAGAGUACCUCAUGUCUCCACGGUCCCUCAUCUUCACCCCUAAAGCCGUCCUGUUCAGGUGCUGUACCGCUAUGGUGGAUGUUCAAGUUGGCCACUCACCCGACAUCAGCACGCCGAGUCCCCGGCUACCCGACGCUCUCUUCCUCGCCAUCCCUCCCACAGUAGAUUCCGGUACCCAGGAGUGGAAGGACAUACACAGAGCGUGGAAUGAGAUUGUGCAGGACUACAGCGAACGCACGGCCGGCGACGAGCUGGACAAGCUCGUCGCGUGCGCUGCGAUUGCGGAGUCAUUUCACCAUGUCCUGGACUCCGACUACCUCGCGGGCUUGUGGCGCUCAGAUGCGCUCCUCACCGACCUCCUAUGGUCGGUCAGACAGGACCGGCUGUGCACCCGCCCGACAGUGUACCGUGCGCCGUCAUGGUCAUGGGCAUCGGUCGAAGGAUCGAUCGAGCACUUUCCACCAGAGCUUACGGAUCCUGUUAAAGGCUUCCGACAUGUGGCGCUUGCGGAAGUCGUGGACUGCCGGGUCACACUCGAAGAUCCUAUGGUUCGCUUUGGUAGAGUGAGGGAUGGCACCCUCGUUCUGCGUGGAACACCAAUACCUUGCUGUGGCAAAUCCGCCAAGCAAAACAAGCUGGCAUCGGCACGAUCCUGGAAUGUGCCGGUCCCGUCUCUUGAGGAAGCACGGUGUCAACAAUGGGGAUUUGGCGACUCGCACUCGGAUGAAGAAGAUGGACUCCACUCGCUCAAACCAACCACCCUCACGACUGUCGAUGUCCACGUGGACUGCGAUGCCGAGGAACUGCCAGGGAGACUGUGGGUUGUCCCGUUUGUGCGGAGCGAAUUUUUCGAUCUCAAGACGGUAUUGCACAACGGGAUGGUCCUCGAACUGGCUCCCCCGUCGAAUGACCCAAGAUUUGAAUGCGAGAAUAGGCGUUUUCGGAGGAUUGGGCAAUUCCAGGAUUUAGACUUUCCCUUUGAAUCCGAUGAGCAAUAUUACCGAGGCACUAAGCGCGCGGCGCUCGAGCACCUGUGGAAUCCGCUAACUCGGGCUGUCCAAAACCGAGACUGCCCCUACCAGAUGGACAUUGUCAUCGUAUGA